AUGGCGUGGGACUGUGUGGAGCGGCGCGCGGCGUCGUUGUUUCGUCAGCUCGGCUUCAUCGUCUGCGACCAUCCGCUUCCGUUCAUCGUCUUCCCGCUCCUCUUCACCGCCGCCAUGGGAGUCGGACUUCUUCAUCUGAAUCCGCUCACCGACGCCGUUUACUUGUUCACUCCGCUGGGAGCACAGAGCAAAAUGGAAAGGAUGUCGAUUCACGAGAAGUGGCCGCUCACCGACAACAACUACAUUCCUGGACGGGCGGUGACACAGAGCCGUGAGAUUCAGGUGACGGCUCUCGCGCGGAACGAUUCGAACAUUCUGGAUUCCAAGUUCGCCAACGCAGUCUAUCAGCUGGACAAAUACAUUCAGACAAGGUCAGUGUUCUCCUGCACCUUCCCUCGUAAUUCCCACUCCCUUCAGAGUUCGCGUGCUUCACAAUGGUCACUACUACAGUUACAAGAAUCUGUGCCUACAGUAUAAAAGUGAAUUUUUUAUUUGUUUUUUUUUAUGAAUAACGAUUGAAUUCAGAUGGCGGAUGCCCUUCUAACAAACAUGUACAUAUACUUUCCGAUCUCUACAAUCACGGAUUCAAUAUCACUUACCCAUACUUCAGAUUCGGAUCCGAGUAAGUCAAACUGUUCUUGUUUCCCUCGAACAAACCCAAUUUCAGAGGAGGAUACAUCGGAAGCAGUCUGGGUGGCGUGACGGUCAUGAAGGGCGAGAAUGACACAGACAUCCUCGCAUCCGCGAAGGCCUGGUUCAUGAUCUACCAUCUCAAGUUCCACCCCGAAGAAAUGAGCUACAUUUCGGGAGAAUGGGAGCUCGAAUUGGGCCGGAUGCUGACGGCGUACCCGGAAGAUCCGUACAUCUCCGUCACCUACUUCCACUCUCAGACACUGGCGGACGAGUUGAAACGGAACGCCGACACGCUCGUGCCCCGCUUCGUAAUUUCCUUCACUCUUCUCGUCGUCUUCUCCACAAUCUGCUCGCUGAGCUUCAUCGACGGAUCUUUCUGCGUCGAUUGGGUCCUCUCGAAACCAAUUCUCUCUGUGCUCGGAGUUGUGAACGCCGGAAUCGCGAUCUUGACGGGCAUCGGAUGUCUCUCGCUGAUGGGAAUGCCAUACAACGACAUCGUCGGAGUAAUGCCGUUCCUCGUGGUAGCCGUCGGAACGGACAACAUGUUCCUGAUGGUGGCGGCUAUUCGGAGGACAUCGAGAACGCACACAGUUCACGAACGAAUGGGAGAAUGCAUGGCCGAUGCGGCAGUUUCGAUUCUCAUCACUUCCAGCACCGGUAGGCAACUUCCUCUCGCGCACUGAUUGACUUUCAUUUUACAGACGUUCUCUCUUUCGGAGUCGGAACGAUCACGACCAUUCCGGCCGUCCAAAUCUUCUGCAUUUACACCGGAGUCGCCAUUUUCUUCGCCUUCAUCUACCAGAUCACCUUCUUCGCCGCGUGCCUCGCGUUGGCCAUGAAACACGAGUCAUCCGGUCGCAACUCUCUCUUCCUUAUGGACACUAUUCCGGCCGAGAAGAAGGAGUCGGUCGGUCUGAUGCAGCGUCUUUUCAACCUCGGAAGUGCGCCGGACAGGUCGGCAUCUCACGACGUCAAAGAGCCGUUGACUGCCCGAUUCUUCGGAGAAUGGUACGCUCCCGUCCUGAUGCACCCCGUCGUCCGUGGAAUCUCCAUGGUCUGGUUCGUGAUUUACUUGCUCGGAGCCAGUUACGGAUGCUCUCGGAUAAAGGAAGGACUCGAGCCUGUCAACCUGCUUGUCGAGGAUUCGUACGCGAUUCCGCAUUACCGAUUGCUCGAAAAGUACUUCUGGAAGUACGGACAACAAGUGCAGAUCGUAGUGAACAAUGCUCCAGACUUCCGGAAUCACACUUCCCGCGAUCGAAUUCACGCGAUGGUGCUGGAUUUUGCUACGAGCAAACACGCGAUCGGAAUGGAAUCGGUGCAGUUCUGGCUGUUCGAGAUGGAGAGGUACUACCAGCAGGAGCUGCAAGUGCAGAUAAUCGACUCCUCCUUCUACGGUCUUCUCCAGCAUUUCCUCGCUUCGAAGACGAAUAAUCCGUUGGCAGAGGACAUUUAUUGGGGACGGAUGCCUGACGACGAGAAUGGAACCACCGUGCAGAGCUUCCGAUUAAUAGUCGGAAUGAAAGAUUUGGUGACGACGAUGGACCAGACGGACGCGACGGCCACGUUCCGCGAGGUCGCCGCCCGCUGGCCUGAAUUCAAUGUGACGACGUUCAUGCCUAUUUGGCUUUUCACCGAUCAAUACGUUAUCAUCAUCCCGAACACUGUGCAGAAUAUCUUCAUCGCCUUGCUCGUCAUGAUCUGCAUCGCCAUCCUCAUCAUUCCCCAACCAAUGUGCUCCCUGUGGGUCGCGCUAGCGUGUGCUUCAAUUGACUUUGGCGUCAUCGGAUACAUGACUCUGUGGAAUGUGAAUCUGGACGCCAUCUCGAUGAUCACAAUCAUCAUGUCCAUCGGAUUUUCUGUUGAUUACUCGGCACACAUCGCAUACGGAUACGUGGUUUCCACCAGAGACACAGCCGCGGGAAGAGUUCAGGAAGCCCUUUCGGCGCUCGGAUGGCCCCUUUUCCAAGGAGGUCUCUCCACGAUCAUCGCCGUGUCCGUUCUCGCCGAUAUUCCCGCUUACAUGAUCGUCACUUUCUUCAAAACGGUAAACUGCUCUUUCUCAUUCUCGUAACAAUCUUCUGUUCAGGUCGUCCUCUCCAUUUCCCUCGGUCUUCUGCAUGGGCUCGUAUUCCUUCCGGUUCUCCUUUCCAUCUUUGUUCGUGGCUGCUGCAUCAUUCCGAGUACACCACACGGAGAUUCAGACGUACAAAAGAUUGAGAAGGUUUGCUCUCAAAAAUAUGAAAUCUAAAUUUUUAAUUUUCAGAGCAUCAAAAUAUCUGCUAUCGCUAGCCCUCUUGACUACAGCACGGUCGCGCCAUUACGGGCUUCCUCACCUAUCAAUUUCCCACAUAGAUUCGAAUACACGGAUGAUUCUCCGACAGUUCACAACCGGUCGAAAUCAUCCAUGAAAUCUGAGCACCUCGACUAG